GCCCGGGGAAGUGGCUACGCGGUGCUGCAAGCCGGUCGUGCGCUUGUUCCUGCGGCCAUGGAGGGGGACGGCCCCACCGCCAGGGUCUCGCAGUACCAGCCGGCCUGCCCGACGCGGGACGCGUGUGUCUACAGCAGCUGCUAUUGUGAGGAAAACAUUUGGAAACUCUGUGAAUACAUCAAAACCCAUGACCAGUAUCCCUUGGAAGAGUGUUCGGCUGUCUUCAUAUCAAAUGAGAAGAAGAUGGUACCUAUUUGGAAACAGCAGGCAAGACCUGGGAAUGGACCUGUGAUCUGGGAUUACCAUGUUGUUCUGCUUCAUGUGCCAAGUGGAGGACAGAGCUUCAUCUAUGACCUCGAUUCUAUUUUGCCAUUCCCCUGCCCUUUCAACAUUUAUGUAGAAGAUGCCCUUAAGUCCGACGAUGACAUUCAUCCACAGUUUAGGAGGAAAUUUAGAGUGGUCCGUGCUGAUUCCUACUUGAAGAACUUUGCUUCUGACCGUUCUCACAUGAAAGACCCCAGUGGGAACUGGAGAGAGCCCCCUCCAGCCUACCCCUGCAUUGAAACUGGCGACUCUAAAAUGAACCUGAACGACUUCAUCAGCAUGGACCCUGAAGUAGGAUGGGGAGCUGUCUACACACUUUCUGAGUUUGUACAUCGGUUCAGCAGUAAAAACUGCUCAGCCUGAUGCUAGAAUGUGAAACUGAAGAAGUUCUAGGAUAUGAAUAAGCCAUCCUUCUAUUUAAGGGAGCUGCAUGGUACAGGUGGUUUGGAGUUAUAUUUUUUUCAUUAACUUUGAGUGGAAACAUUAAUGAACAGAAAUAUGAGUGAAUAUCUCCUUCCCCCUUUUUUAGAUUGGGAAUUGAUCCCUGAGUUCUGUCUCCAACCCUAAGUCAGUCAGACCCCAGCCUCAGACACAAACAAGUCAAAUAAAAGCUUUCUAUUGAUAUGCCACAGGCAGUAUAUAAUUGCUAAGACAUCCCCAUAGCUUAUUUGUUUAGUCAUUUGAUGACCUAGGCCAGCAAUUGUGCAUUAAACUACAAGUAUGAAUAGGCUCUUUUUUCUUGAUCUUUCUGCUUCCUGUCCGGCUAGACUUUAAACUCUUUGAGCACAGGGCUGUGGCCUGUGGCUCCUGAAUCUCUGUUGCCCAUUAGAGGUACCUGUAAAAUGUUCCAAAGACAGCUCUGCUGCUUGGAAAGGACAAUAUUGUGAGCUGAAUCAGCUAUAAGUAUUAGUCUUUUUGGACUAUGAUGUUUAAAAAAGCUGCAGAUAUAUUGACUGAGUGUUUAUUUGGCCCAUGUAUGUGCAUAGUUUUAAAUAAAACUGACUUAAAA